UGGUGCCAUAUUGUAGUUUACACUUGGAUCUUUGUUACAAAUGGCACUAAAAAAAAGGCAACUUUUCGAUCCCCAUUGAAAAAGGUACAAGACUACCGCAUGAUUUCUUCGUUGGCUUUUUAUAGAGGUUCAUCAAGUAGCCCCAAUUGGGGUUCAUAAUUUUUGAAGAUCAAGGGCUUUCUACUUAUUGGGUUUCUUCCCAACUGGUUCUGUUUCAUCAGAGUGAUAAACUUCCGAGGUGGUUCUCAAGCUUCCAUGGCCACUCCUUUGGCAACCGCUGAAGCCUGUGAUGCAAAUAUUUCACUCAUAGCGAAUGGAGAGCUGAGAGUUCUUCAACCAAUUUUCAAAAUCUACGGCCACUGUAGAAUGUUUGCAGGGCCCAUUACCACUCUUAAGGUUUUUGAAGACAAUGUGUUCGUUAGAGAUCUUCUUGAGACAAGGGGAGAUGGAAGAGUACUGGUUAUAGAUGGAGGAGGAAGCAUGAGGUGUGCCAUAGUUGGGGGCAAUUUAGGACAGUUGGCCCAAAAUAUGGGGUGGGCAGGCAUUGUGGUUAAUGGUUGCAUAAGGGAUGUUGAUGAGAUCGAUGGGUGUGAUAUAGGGGUGAGAGCCUUGGGAUCUCACCCUUUGAAGUCCAAUAAGAAAGGCGUGGGUGAGAAGCAUGUGCCAAUUUCCAUUGCCGGUACGUUGAUUCGUGAUGGAGAAUGGUUGUAUGCGGAUAGUGAUGGAAUUCUGAUAUCAAAAACAGAGCUCUCAAUAUGAAAUCCCUGAGCUGAGAGUCGAUUGAAUAACCUCUCCCCUUCCUAAGCUUAUGUUGUUUUUUCUGAUUAUGUAAUAAUCACAUCCCUAUCAAGGGGCAGUAAUCUCAGGUCCCUAAGAACUCAUCCAUUUGGUGCGUUUCUCAGAUAUGUCAACUGUUGAAGAUUGAGGCA